AUGGCGAUAAACCCUCAAGCAAAUUCCUUCGAACCCAAAACACCACCAAGCCAAACGAAGAGCGCUGCAGAUGGUAUUGAAGAUAUCGCCGGUUCACUGCAAAAAACCACCAUCAAUACAGUGUCUACCAGUGAGCAUAUAUCACACAAACCCACUCCUGCAGAGCUCUUCAGAGCUUCAACGGUACAUCCAGGGCUACCCCGAGCACCCAGUCCUCCACAAGAACUGGUGGUAAAGCAGAAGGCAAAGAGAAAGGGAAAGGGAAAGGGAAAGGGGAUAGGGAAGGGGAUAGGGAAGGGGAUAGGGAAGGGUUCAAAGAUGAACACACCUUCGAGCUCAGCACCGGGAACUGCCCAAGCCUCAGGCCCUGCCCACAUUUCUCUUGUCAAGAGAACCUACAAGAGAAAUGAUAUAACCCCUCCAUCGAAAGCGUCAGGAGGCGUGCCAGACCCAACACCCGCCUACUUGGCCGCAAGUCUCGAGCCCCUUCAACCGUUGACAGACGCGCAGCACCUCCUUCUGGUCAUCGACCUGAACGGAACACUACUAUUUCGACCGAACAAGCGGCAGCCCUCCGCGUUCAUUGCGCGCCCCAACACCGAGCGGUUCCUGAGAUACUGCAUCGAAACAUUUACCGUGGUGAUUUGGUCGUCUGCGAGGCCAUCCAACGUGCAGCUUAUGUGCAACCAAAUCUUGAGCGACGACUUGAGACGCAAAGUAGUGGCUAUCUGGGCGCGUGACAAGUUCAACCUCACCACUGCGGACUUCGACACGCGUACUAUGUGUUACAAAAGAUUGACAAGCCUAUGGAACGACCCGAAGAUUGCUUCUUCACACCCUGGCUUUCAGUUCGGCGAAAGAUGGAACCAUACAAACACGGUGUUGGUGGACGAUUCGCCAGAGAAGGGAAGAAGCGAGCCGUUCAAUCUCAUUACGAUUCCAGAAUUCUUCGGUGACAGGUUUGAGAAAGGUGGGAUUUUGCCACAAGUUCAUGAUUAUAUCAACAGCUUGAGCAUGCAUUCCAAUGUUGCCGCUCACAUGAGAGCUCGUCCCUUCAAGGCUUACCUACCUGAUCUGCCCUCCGCGCAGGUUGUCAAAGCCCCACAUAUUCAAUCUCCCUUGUCUGGUGCACACGUCGCUGCUCGCAAUGCAAGCGAUGGCGACCGUGGGCACCCCAUACAGAUUGAUUGA